AUGUCGACGGUGGAUAAGGAUCAGAAGGCAAAGCCCAGCGCCCUCCGCUCCAUCCUUGCGGGAUCCACUGCUGGAGCCGUGGAGAUCGUUGCGAAGACCCGGACCCAACUCAAUCGCCAGCUUGCUCACGGUCAAAAGCUACCAUGGCCGCCCUUCGGCAGUCAAUGGUACGCAGGAUGUACAACGCUGAUUAUUGGGAACUCGCUCAAGGCUGGAAUUCGAUUUGUCGCUUUCGAUGCUAUAAAAUCAGUUCUCCAGGAUGAGAACGGCAAGAUCUCAGGGCCAAGGACGGUUGUCGCUGGAUUUGGUGCUGGGUUCACCGAGUCUCUUUUGGCCGUGACUCCCUUCGAAAGCAUCAAGACUCAAUUGAUCGAUGACCGGAAAUCCCCCAAUCCUCGAAUGCGUGGUUUCUUGCAUGGUAGCAAACUUAUCUUCAAGGAAAGGGGUGUCAAGGGCUUCUUCCAAGGCUUUGUGCCUACUACAGCAAGACAGGCCGCCAACUCGGCAACCCGAUUUACAGCCUACACGACGUUGAAGCAAUUUGCGGAGGGCUAUACGGCGCCCGGAGAAAAGUUAGGCACUGCAGCCACUUUUGGUAUUGGUGGAAUUGCGGGUUUUAUCACUGUCAUCAGAAUGCAAUCACUCGAGGCUAGCAAGCAUUAUAAGAAUAGCAUUGUUUGCGCAACUCGGAUCGUCAAAGAUGAAGGUGUCCUCACUUUAUGGUCCGGCGCCAUGCCACGACUUGCAAGGUUGAUCAUGAGUGGAGGAAUCGUAUUCACCAUGUUCGUGGCAGAACCCCCCAAAAAGUCCAUAAUGUACAAAUGUGCUAACUGCUUGGACAGGUAUGAAAAGGCUAUGGACGGUUUGGAUCUCUUGGAUCCGGAGCGAAAGUAUUUAUAG